GAGCCAAGCGAGCACGUGUGGCAAGACGCGUCGAGAUAGCACAGCCAGUAUAUCGCUUUUUUGCGAGUCUCGAGCGAGAAUUGAAAUCCGUUUCCGAGAGUGACGUAGCAGCGGAGGGAAAAUGAAGGGGCCUACGACGGUUGCCCUCGGAGUGGGCGAAAACGAAACGAGCGCGGUGAAUGAAGGGAAGAGGAGGAAGAAAGUCACGGAUGAGUUAACCAAGGUGCCCAAGAAGAAGAAGAAAUUGGAAAACACCUCCUUGUACAGGCAGCCGACGGUCGAGGAACUCAGCCAGCUUAGAGAAACCGAGACUCUAUUUCACUCGCACUUGUUCCGUCUGCAAAUCGAAGAGGUUUGCAACGAAGUGAGACUCGCAGAUAAAUAUGUAACGCUGUUCGAGACUUGGUUCGGAAAGUUGAAAGCAGCGAUUGAGUCUAUCGAAGAGACUCAAGAAAUUCCGCUGGUAGAUAAUGAUUUGGACCAUAAACUGGCCGUUCGCGUUCCCGUGCCGCAAAUACCGAAGGAAACCAAAAGCGUUUUUAAGUUCUUGAAGCCGUCGUGCGUUCGCGCGGUUGGCUCCUACGAUUCCGGAUGUGCUCUCGGGCCUUCCUUUACCGUGGACGUAAUGGUGGAGAUGCCGGCUAGUUUAUUCCGGAAGCAGGAUUAUCAGAACUACGUGUAUUUUAGAAAAAGAGCGACAUACCUGGCAUUCGUGGCAUCGGCUAUAGGGAGCGACGUCGCGGAGAGCAUGAGAUUUGUCGGCGACAGUCUAACACCCUCCUUGAAACUUCGGCCCAGCGGAAGGUUGAACAAAAAGGUGGACGUAGUUAUACACGUAUCCGCACAGGACACUAGCUUUAAAUUAAACAGAUUUCUGCCGGAGAAAAACAGCGUUAGACCAGGAUGGUAUUUCGACGAGAAGCCUGUGGAAGACGCAUCUUUACCGCCCACACCGCACUACAAUUCUCUGGUAUUGCGCGACCUAGUAAUGUCGAAAACAAAUUCCGAGAUUGUGCAAGCGAUAAAAGAGUAUCCAAAUUUGAGGGACGGUAUAAUCUUGCUGAAAAUAUGGUUGCGCCAACGCGGGUUGAACAAGGGCUACGACGGCUUCACCAGCCACAUCGUUACUAUGUUCGUAAUCUACUUACUGCGCGAGAGGAAGCUCAACACUUUCAUGAGUAGCUAUCAGAUUGUACGGAACGUCUGGAUUUGUCUAGAACAAGGGAACUGGUGCGAGAACGGAAUUACCAUGUGCGUGGACAAGGAUAAUGCGAAACAAGUGUCACAUUAUCACAAUUAUUACGAUUGUGUUUUUCUUGACAGUACCGGUUAUCACAAUUUCGCGGCGAAUCUGUCGAAGGAUACCUUUUCAUGGGUACAGAGAGAAGCGGCGUUGUGUCUGAAGCAUUUGGAUAACAUACACGUGGAUAGCUUUCAUGCACUUUUCAUGCAAAAUGUACCAUUUAACAGAGUGUUCGAUCACAUUUUAUGUUUUCAGGAAGAGUCAGUUUUAGAGAAUAUGGUGAAUGUUAAAUCUAGCACUGAAAACAAACUGAAUUACGGGCCUGAUAAACGUAGUCAGGCGAUUAAGUUACUUUCCGAUGUUCUGAAAAGAGGUCUAGGAGAUAGGAUUAAUCGAUUGUGCGUAUUACCCAGUGUAUGUAAGGAAUGGGAGUGCACCGAGGAGAUGCCAGAUAGUGUUGGGAAGCUCGUUAUUGGACUAGAAUUGAAUCCUGAAACAUGUUUCGACAUUGUGGACAAAGGGCCUGAAGCUAAUUUACCAGAAGCAGCUGACUUUAGAAAUUUUUGGGGCGCCAAGUCCGAAAUACGUAGAUUUAAAGACGGAACUAUUCGUGAGGCUGUGGUUUGGUCAAAAGGCAAAACUCUGGCGGACAAGAGAAUAAUAUGCAAGAAGAUAAUAGUGUUUCUGCUAAACAUAAAGUUUAAUAUCUCAAAAUAUCACUAUUUAUAUAUCGCGGAUCAAAUGGAAGAUUUGUUAAGAUUGCACAAGCACAAAAUAACGCACUUUGUAUAUGGGACCGGUGAGGAAGCUACGUUAAAGGUUCUGCAAGCUUUUAACACCUUGGAAAAGAACUUGAUGUCGCUGAACGAUAUGCCUCUGCCGAUAAACGGUGUGCAGGGCUCGAGCCCGGUUUUCCGAUUCGCGGAAAUCUUUCCGCCGCUUGCUACUGUCCAUCGGAAGAUCAAUAAUGUCACCGAAGAGGACAAAAAUUGUUUGAUCCUUUCAAAGAACAUCACAAAAUGUCCCAUGUAUGUUCACGUGCUCGAUGCAACGUUACAAUUAUCAACUAGUGGGAAAUGGCCCGAGGAACUGGAAGCCAUUAAGAAGACAAAGGCAGCUUUUCAUAUACAAAUUGCGGAAUGCCUCAGAACUCAGCAUGAAAUGAAAGUGCAGGCCAGUUCUUCUUACGUGGAUGUGUACCAGAACGGAUUCGUUUUCCGAUUAAGAGUGGCACUCCAGAAGGAAAUUGCUCUGAUGAAACAAGUCAAGGAGGAUGGAGUGAUUAAAUACAGAGACAACGUGGAAUCCAUUGAACUGGAAAACAAAUUGUUUCAUUUGCCGAAAUUGAGUAGCGCUCUGCAUGGGUUGCAUUCUCAGCAACCAUCGUUUGGUCCCGCCUGCUGCUUAGCGAAACGAUGGUUGUCGGCGCAAUUAAUGGACGACUCUCACAUACCAGGAGUUGUGAUUGAACUACUCAUGGCAUCGCUGUAUCUAGCACCGGAGCCGUAUAAACCAGCCCAGGUGCCACAAGUGGCAUUUCUACGAUUCCUCGAGAUUAUUGCGAGAAAUCAUUGGAAUACCGAGCUCGUUAUUGUUAAUUUCAAUGGCGAGAUGACCAAUGAAGAAAUUGUUGCCGUAGAAAAGUUAUUUAGUACAGCUCGCAGUUCUCUACCGCUCUUAUUCAUAUCUACUCCCUACGAUCAGCAGAAAUCCUUGUGGACCAGGAAAGCACCGUCGCAGUUGGUUUUAAACCGGAUGAGCAUGAUUGCAAAGGAAUCGCUGAAAUUAUUUGACGACUCGUUUAAUAAUUCAGUCCUGGAUGUGAAACCCAUAUUCCGCCCUCCGCUCGUGGAAUACGAUUGUUUGUUACAUUUGAAAUCAAGUAUGAUCCCUAGAAGAUUGCAAGCAGUCGACACAUCUAGCAAAGCCAAAAUAGUAGAUCUACAUCCUUACAAGACCCAUUCACUUCAAAAGAUUCCAGUCAUGGAUUUUGAUCCUGUACAAUGUUUCUUGAAAGAUUUAAGAGACGGUUACGGGGACUAUGCCUUGUUUUUCCAUGAUACUUAUGGUGGCUCGGUAAUCGGCGUUCUGUUGAAACCCACCGCUCUCGAGCGUAAAGAUUUCAAAGUGUCGGACACCGAUUGCAGGAAACUCGACGCCGAUGGCAAACUUAUCUUAAACAUUUCAGCGAUGAUCGAGGACUUUUACAUUCUGGGGAGAGGUAUCAUACGCACGAUCGAUAUUACGAACAAAAAACUUUCCUUGACGUAAGAGUAAACUACGUAGACGCGAAAUGAUCCCGAAGAUACAUCUCUAUUUAUUGUUAUGGAGCUGUGCUCGUUUCGCAUUCACCCACUUCGAGGACAAUCUAUCGUUCAAACAGGGUAACGGUGGGAAAUUUGUUUAUUUAAUAGAGGGGUCUUCCAGGAUGUGGCCACUCUGCAUCUAUACGAUGGUGUACCAAACUAUUGAGUGACACACCAUAUGGUUUCAUAAAAUGUAGUAUACUUUUUAAUUCUAAUCUUGAAUUAAAAUAGUAAAUUGACAAAUGUUGCACAAAAAAAAAUUAUAUAUCAAAAUAAAAUAAAAUACGCAUAUC